AUGCAAGCUUCCUUCCACUGCCAUGCCAAUGAGUCUCCACCCCCUGCUGAAGAGGUCACUUCUGGAGGUGAGUGGGAAGCGGAUAUUAUUUCAACUAUCGAAUUCAACCAGACGGGGGAAUUAUUAGCCACAGGGGACAAAGGUGGCCGAGUUGUUAUAUUCCAGAGGGAGCCCGAGAGCAAAAGUGCGCCUUACUGCCAAGGCGAGUACAAUGUUUACAGCACCUUCCAGAGCCAUGAACCUGAAUUUGAUUAUUUGAAGAGUUUGGAAAUUGAGGAAAAGAUAAACAAGAUAAAAUGGCUGCCGCAGCAGAACGCAGCCCAUGCUCUUCUGUCAACAAACGAUAAAACUAUUAAAUUGUGGAAGAUCACCGAGCGAGAUAAGAAACCCGAGGGAUAUAAUUUAAAAGACGAGGAAGGAAAGCUCAAGGAAUUAUCCAUGGUGACUUCACUUCAGGUGCCUGUGCUGAAGCCCACGGACUUGAUGGUUGAAGUCAGCCCCAGGAAAGUUUUCGCCAAUGGCCACACCUACCACGUGAAUUCCAUUUCGGUCAACAGCGAUUGUGAGACUUACAUGUCUGCGGACGAUCUCAGGAUUAACCUUUGGCACUUAGCCAUUACCGACCGGAGCUUCAACAUUGUGGACAUCAAACCCGACAACAUGGAGGACUUGACUGAAGUCAUCACAGCCUCGGAGUUCCAUCCCCACCACUGCAACCUCUUCGUCUACAGCAGCAGCAAGGGUUCCCUCCGGCUGUGCGACAUGAGGGCCUCGGCGCUCUGCGACAAGCAUUUCAAGAUUUUUGAAGAACCAGAAGAUCCCAGCAGCCGUUCCUUUUUCUCGGAAAUCAUUUCUUCGGUGUCAGAUGUGAAAUUCAGCCACAGCGGGCGCUACCUGCUAGCGAGGGAUUACCUCACUGUCAAAGUUUGGGAUCUGAAUAUGGAAACAAAGCCUAUAGAAAUAUAUCAGGUUCAUGACUACCUUAGAAGCAAGUUGUGUUCGCUCUACGAAAACGACUGCAUUUUUGACAAAUUUGAAUGUGCAUGGAAUGGGUCUGACAGCGUCAUCAUGACCGGGGCCUACAACAAUUUUUUCCGAAUGUUCGACCGAAACACGAAGCGUGACGUGACGUUGGAGGCCUCCCGCGAGAACAGCAAGCCUCGGGCGAUCCUGAAACCUCGCCGUGUUUGUGCCGGGGGCAAGCGGCGGAAAGACGAUAUCAGCGCCGACAGCCUGGACUUCACCCAAAAAAUUUUGCACACCGCCUGGCACCCCACGGAGAACAUCAUUGCUAUUGCGGCCACAAACAAUCUGUAUAUCUUUCAAGACAAAAUGAACAUGGAAGUGCAUUAGGUCCCACUGGAGAGAGAGAGAGAAAGAGAGAGAGAGAGAGAGACGUGUUUGGACCCUUAACGCUAUUUGCUUGAUGGGAGAAAGGCCUUUAUUGGGAAGUAAACACUCUGCAAAUCGACAGGGCUUACUGCCCAAUAAAUGUCUGUAGCAAUAAGAUGGAAGUGGAUUAAUUAUUCCAUGGCCCACCACCCAGUCUUUUGGCGACCACUCUAUAUUUUAAUUCAUUGCAACCGCCAUACAGUCAUCUCAAAAAUAAAUUCUCCAUAUGACCAGGUGGCUGGCGUCUGUUUCAUUACUCGUCAUUUUAUUGUGGUUACUGAAAGACUCUUGGGCAGAGGUGUUAAACUCAAGGCCCAGGGGUUGGAUCCGGACCGCGGGGUGCUUAGAUCUGGCCCACGGGACAGCCCUGGAAACCACGAAGGAGCGCCUGCGGUGCAUCCGAAAAUGGAGAUUGGGUGGGUUGCAGGAGGCUGCCGCAGCCAAAAACAGAGCUCGCGAGGGUUGUGGAGGGCCCUCCCAAGCUCCGCUUUCACUGGCAGAGGAUUGCAGGAGACCGUCCAAGCUGAAAACGGAGAUCGGGAGCCUGUUUUUUUCUGGCAGAGUGCUCGGGCCAUCACUGGCACGCCCAACACGUGACGUCGAGCUGGC